AUGUCAGUCGGCGUACCGGUAAAUCCGUCGAGCAGCAGCCAAUUACCGGCGGCGCCAACAACAACAACAAGACGGCGCGUGCCUGAUUCUCAGGAAGAUCACAGCCACGUAAGCACCGGAGGAGGAAACGCGGUCGUUUACGUCCCCGACGACGAGGAAGAAGCCACGAGCUGCAGCCUCGGCGGCGGAGGGUUGUCUUUGUGUUGUUCGAGUGGGUCCCACCACCAAAACCACAAUUACCUCGUCGGGUUUCUGUCUCUCCGGAAAAUCAGGCUCGUGUGGAUGCUCAUGGUGGAGAACAAGUCUCGAUGGACGGCUGGGAUCGCUCGGAACAUGAGAUCAGCCACCAAUCUUGGCCGUUUGAUUCUGUCCUUAUUGGCGAUCCUCGUCGUCACUUUCUUCCUCGUCGUGGCUCUCUCCGGGAGCGUCGGACGGCGGCGACACGUGGAGAAACACGAAUUCGUCGUUUCGAUUCAUUCCAGAAGUAACAUUGAGAAGAUCAUCGAAGAAGAAGAAUCUUCUUCCAGUUCCGUUAAAGUCCUCGUUCCAGAGAGAAAACCGAUCCCAGAGAUUUGGAAUCAACCAGACACUGGAAACUAUCAGAAAUGCGUAGCUCGUCCUAAAAACCAAAGACCAAUCAAGAAGACCAAUGGUUACCUUCUUGUUCACUCCAACGGUGGUUUGAAUCAAAUGAGAACUGGUAUAUGCGAUAUGGUCGCAAUCGCCAAAAUCAUGAACGCAACUCUUGUUCUUCCAUUUCUUGACCACUCAUCUUUCUGGAGCGAUCCAAGCACGUUUAAGGACAUUUUUGACUGGAAACAUUUCAUCAAAGAGCUAGCCGAAGAUGUGGAUAUCGUCGAGUAUCUACCGCAAGAGUUUGCUUCGAUUAAGCCUCUUGAAAAGAAUCCUGUGUCCUGGUCUAAGGCUAGUUAUUACAGAAACUCAAUCUCGAAGUUACUGAAGAAGCAUAAGGUGAUUGUAUUCAAUCACACUGAUUCUCGGCUAGCGAACAACAGUCCGCCUCCUUCGAUCCAACGGCUUAGGUGUCGCGCAAACUACGAAGCUCUUCAUUACUCUGAAGAUAUAGAGAAUCUAAGCAAAGUUCUCUCUUCAAGACUUAGAGAAAACAACGAACCCUACCUCGCUCUUCACUUGCGGUAUGAGAAAGAUAUGUUGGCGUUUACCGGAUGCAACCACAGUUUAACGGCGGAGGAGUCAAUUGAUCUUGAGAAGAUGAGAUAUAGCAUUCCGCAUUGGAAAGAAAAACUGAUCAAUGGUACAGAACGGCGUCUUGAAGGCAGUUGCCCUAUGACCCCCCGUGAAGCUGCCGUGUUCCUUAAGGCAAUGGGUUUUCCUUCGACCACGAAAAUCUACAUUGUUGCCGGAGAGAUCUACGGUCAGAAGAGUAUGAACGCGUUCCACGAAGAGUUCCCAAACGUUUUCCUUCACUCUACGUUGGCCACCGAGGAAGAGCUUUCGACUAUAAAACCUUACCAGAACAGAUUAGCUGCUCUUGAUUACAAUUUAGCACUUGAAAGCGAUGUUUUCGCUUAUACUUAUGAUGGAAACAUGGCGAAAGCGGUUCAGGGUCACCGGAGAUUCGAAGGGUUUAGAAAAACGAUGAAUCCCGAUAGGCUAAGAUUCGUGAAGUUGAUUGAUCGGCUUGAUGCGGGACUCAUGUCCUGGGAGGAUUUCUCGUCGGAGGUUAAGAGAAUACAUCGGAAAAGAUUAGGAGCUCCGUAUCUUAGACGGCCAGGAAAGGCAGGUCCAAAGUUGGAGGAGAAUUUUUAUGCAAACCCUCUUCCAGGUUGCUUGUGUGACACGUCUGAUGAACAAACAAGUCUGAACCGGUUUGAAAGACCAAGUUUACGAGCACAGAGUCUCUAA